AUUGAAGAAUCUAUUUUACCGAAAUACUUCAUUAUCGAGUAGUUCUUGGUGUUGGUAAGUUCUUUUCAAUUUUUACUGAUUUUUCUAUUCAAUUUCUAUGUGUGGUUUUUGGAAAUGAUCGAAAUAUUUUCAUAUUAUAUUAAAUUAAAUUUGUUCUAAACUUGUUGUACAUGCAUAGUAAAUUAAAAAAAACAAUUUCAUAUAUCAAAAUUAUCGUUUAUUUUAUCGCUGCUUCAGUUUUUUAGUUUUUUUUCAGAAAAUAUCAUAUAAAAAUAAUAUAGUGUAUCAAUUCGUUUUACAUUAUUACAAAAUGUAUUUUUCUAAAAUUUUUUAUGAAGUUUUUCAAUACCUGAACAAAUUGAAAAAUUCCAAUUGGCAAAUCAAUUUCAUAUUAUUUUCAAUUUGUAUAGUUUUUCUUUAUCAAUAAAAAAAUUGAAUUCUGAAACGUAAAACUAUUAUACUAUCAAUAAAUAGAUUACUUUAAAUUAAAAUCUGAACUAUAGAUUAUUUAGUUUUUCCAAACUCAUAAUGUCACAAAAAUAUAAAACAUAAUAUAGUAUUUCCAUUUCUUCCAUUUUCAGAUGGUAAAAUGGACACGAAUUUUAUUUAAACGUCUAUAAAGCUAUUAAAAAAUUUUAUUUGUACAAAAAUUAUUCAAACGACGUAAAAUCUAAUUAAAAAUUAUCCUUCAUUUAAUACAUUUGUUAAGAUGGAAAAAAGAAUAAAAUUAAAUGCAAAAAAGUUGAUACUGGAUUAUCUCGUUACAAGAAUUUAUUACUAUAUCGUGAAAUAUUUAGCAAUUUAAAUUCAUUCCUUUAAAUCUAUAAAUAUAAAAAAUGUGGACUAAUUAAAAAAUGGAAUUAAAAAAAUGUGGACUAAUUAAAAAAUGGAAUUAAAAAAAUGCUGUUUUUCAGACGAAGAGAAAUUGGUGAUCGUAGACUCUAGUAAAAAAAAUCUAACGAAAGUUUGUGUAAAGUUACUGGAUUUAUUUUAAAAUCAAAUUAUUGAUAAAGUACUUUGACAAUAAAUAUAUUCUUACAAUAAAGUCGAAAUAAUGGAAAUAUAAAUCUAAUAUUUUUAAUACUAUUAGAAAUUAAAUGAUAAGCUUUUAUUUUAGUUUUUUUGAGAUGUAUAGGUACUUUUUGUACAUUGCUAUAAAAUAUGGAAACAUUGUAAAAAUUGGAUACCAGUUUAUUUUAACCGAUAAACAAACAGGCUAUCGGAAGUUGAAAUUGUAAAAACUACUCAAUAAUUUUUUAGAUUUUCUCAAAAAAUAUUGUAACGUACAAAGUAGUAUUGAACAUAAAGUCCCAAUUGAUUUAAAGAGAAAGACAAAAAUUCAUUCUUCUAAAACAUAUUCAUAUGAAAGUCCAAUACAAUAUUGGCAGAAAUUGCGGCAAAAUCGAAAAAAAUGUGUAUUUUUUUUUCUCCCACGCCCUUUAUCUCGAAUACGGAUGGCGUUCCAAAAUUUUUUACUGAGCAAACCCCAAAUAUUUUUAAGUUUUCUAUCUAUCCUAGAGAAGGCAUCACCUUUUUUUAAAACAUUCUGUACAUGAAACAAAAUUCUCUAACAAAUAUAAAGCUUUUUCCAAAUUUCAGUAACGUAACGUUACCAAAAAUCAGUGCAAUAUUGGAAAAUUAUCUGUUCUGUUCUGUUCUAAAUAAUGAAUAGACAUUGCACCUUUGCAAUCCCAACUCUGUGGACAUGAACACGUUUCUUCGAUUACGUGUAUUUUAAUUUUGUUCCUGGGUUAUAAUAUAAUGGAUUACCCAAAUUUCAUCUACUAUGACAUAUCGGUGGUAAAAUUCAUUUGGAUUAAGUCAGGGCCGUAGUCAGAACCAAAAUUUUAGCAGGGCUAUUAGAUUUUUUACCAGGGCCCAUAUUUUCACAUUGAAAUAUACUGAUAUUUUAAUUUUAAGGGACGAUUUACGUACGAAACAUACACCGCCAUUAAAUAUGUUUUUUCCCUAAGAAAUAAAACCAAAUUGAGUGUUAAACAUGUUCUAUUAAAUAAGAAUAAAUUUAUAAAUUUAAAAAGUUCUUUAGAACCAAACAUGAAAAAAAUAUUUUAUUCUUUGACUUACAUGUGAACAAAUAUGCUUUGAUAAAAAACAAAAAUAACAGAACACUUUUAAAACUCAUAACAUUUAACACUUAUUGUUAGAAUAUCUACAUAGAAAAUCAUAAAAACAACACAAAUACAAAUAAAAUAAAUUUUCAGACAGAUAAUUAAAAUGAUUAAAACUAAAAAAGUUGCAAUUUUUUUUGUUUACGAUUAUUAAAUUUUAUUAAAAAUGACUCCAUGUCGAGGGACUCUGUUCUUCGACUUUCAAAAGCCAAGUAAAUUAAAUCGGCCAUACGAGGCUGACUCAUAGAAUAUCUCUGUGAUCUGUUAAUUGCAGUUAAUGUUGAAAACGAAGAUUCAUUUACUGCAGUACUACACCCAAGGGUAUAUACUGUCGCAAACAGGGCGUAUGUAUUUUUAAAUACUUCCCUUUGUUUAUAUAAUUCAGCAAAAAUAUCUGACUUUGGUUUAUUGUGCAUGUAAUCCUUGACUACUGCCAACUCCUCCAGAGUUGGUAGUGAAAUCCCUAAAAAAAUGUAUAACACAACUUAAGAAUUGCUACAAAACAAAAUGACACUUACCCAACUUUUCCAGAUAUUUGAUUUUCUCCAGAUCAAAAAGCUCAAUGCUACUUAUUGCAGUAAUUAGUUCAUCAUUGCCAGAGAACCUCUCGUUUCAUAGGGAUAAUACAAGGUCCAAGGACUCAAAAAAUUCGGCUUCAAUGCCACUUUUACUGGCAUUUGGUUUAUUAGACAUUUCAGACGGCAGUUUUUCCAUUACCAGAUAUUCCUUCAUAGUUACGCUUAACUUUGGUACUCUCUUUUCAGUUGGUAUUGCUUCCGUAUCCUUUAAAAGUUGUGAAGCUUCAUUGGCUAAACUUUGAUAAGUCUCAUUUGUUCUUAGAUCUCGAAUUUUAUUUUUUACUGACAGACCAGCGCUGCUCCAAUAGUCUACCAAUAGACUUUCCCCGAUAAAUAGCAGCCACUUUUCCAUGUCCAAAAAAUUCAUGUAACAUAACAGUUUGGUCAAAGAAGUGUUUAAUUGAAUCUAUUUCUGAAAUAGUUCGCACAACUACAAGAUGGAGACGAUGGUUAAAGCAAUGUACGUAUGGAAUAAAACGUCCUAAUGAUUUUUGGAUUAAAGCAGCUACUCCCCCCUUAUGGCCGCUCAUAACACUAGCACCGUCAUAACAUUGGCUAAGAAGGUGUUUUGUAUCUAUUCCAUUAUCAUUAAGAAUAUUAAGUGUCAUAUUUGUGAAAGUUUUGGCAUCUAAAUUUUCUGUAGUGUAAAUACCUAGUAAAGAUUCAAACACUUUACCAUUUUUGACAUAUCUUACUCCAAUUGAUACAUUUUCUCUGUUGUUUUUAUCUUUUGUGCCAUCUUCAAGUAAUGUAAACCAUGGUACAUCUGCAGUUUUUAGAUCACCAACAACUUGUUCACGUACCAUUUCAGCUAAAAUAGCUAUUAUCUCAUUUUGAAUAUCAGGAGAUGUAUACUUAGCAUUUUGAGGAAUAUGUGGAAGACAUUCGGCCAAUUUUUCGUCCUUUUUAAUUGUAUAUUUAAAUAAAUUUAAGAAUAAUCCCCGCUCUUGUUCAUGCUCAAUGUCAUAAUUGCCCCGAAGAGCUAGUUCAUUUACUGUUAAAAACUGAAUUAUCUCAGCAAUCGACUCAACAUAAUAUCUGUAUUUUUGCAAAAUAUCACUAUUGAUAAGCGUAGACACAGCAGUGCCAGUUAAGUCUCUGAUUUUUUUCUCGUUCCACAUUUGCAUAGCUUUAAUGUGAACUGCCGUUUUUUCAUGCGCUGGAAAUCCAUUUUUAAGAUCUGUUGCAUUUUUCCAGUUACUAAAUCCGGAAUAGGUAUACACCGUGUGUCCUUUGCUUCCAUUUGGUUGGAACUGACGACAUGCAUAACAAAAUGCAGCAUUUAGCUCUUGGGAAUAUUCUAGCCACAAAAAUCUCUUAUACCAGUUAACUUGAAAAGACCGGUUAUUUUCUUGUUUGGGAUAAUUAGCUAGUAUUAUUUGUUUUAUAUCCUCACCUUUUGGUGCCAGAUCUGGAGCUGAACUGCUGAUUAAACUGGAUAAAUUGGUUGACCCAUCAGCAUUUUUCUGACUUUUGGAAUUACUGCCCGAUGUAUCAGUCAAACUGUAAAAAAUGGCAUCAAAAUGGCUAAUUGCAGGACUACUGUGCUUCAAUAUUUUCAUAUUUUGCGACACAAAUGAAUUGAUUUCCGUUGUGACGAUAUUCCGUCACGGUAACCGAGCACCAAACUUUUUAUAUACAACAGAUCCUUACAAGGAAAUGGCUUCAGAAAUAUGGCCUGAAGGUUUUGCUGAGUUAACCAAAGUCGGCAAAAAUCAACAUUACCGAUUAGGCAAAUGGCUUCGUCAAAGAUAUAAUGACUUCUUACCAGAAAAGUACACCAACAAAUUUUUAUAUGUGUUGUCGUCUAAUGUUGAUAGAUGCCUAAUGUCGGUGUCUUCAAAUCUGGCAGGAUUGUUUCCCCCUAGAGGAUACCAAGUAUGGAAUGAAGAAUUACCCUGGCAACCUAUCCCUAUCCACACAAAACCACAAACUCAAGAUGCUUUACUAUUUGCAGGGAAGCAAUGUUUCAAACAUAUCAGACUUUUGCAAGAGUUCCAUAAUUCGACCACAUACCAAAACUUCUAUAAGGAAAAUAAAUUUAUCUUUGACUACGUAAGCAACCAUACAGGAAUGGAAGUGAGAGAUCCUGAUUAUCUAACAGCCAUUCACGACAUUUUAACUAUAGAAUCUAAGGCCAAUCUGACAUUACCAGAGUGGACGAAGCUAGUGUAUCCUCGACAUACCCUUCCAAUAGCAGUCUACAGUUUUUCCAUACCAGCCUUAACACCAGAACUAGCAAGAUUGAAAUCAGGUCCUUUGAUUGAUUAUAUAGCUUCAUUUUUGGAAAAUUCCUUAUACAAUCCAGAAACAGCUCAUAAGUUUUUGAUGAUGUCAGGACAUGAUACCACUCUAUCAUUCUUAUUAACAUCUCUAGGUAUAUUCGACAACUCCUGGCCAGAGUAUGCUUCUUCUGUCAUAUUUGAACUAUGGAACAAAGCCAAUGAUAGCGUAGUCAAUAUUUAUUUCAAAAACAGCACCGAUUUAUACCCACUUCAGUUACCCCAAUGUGAGUUUGAUUGCCAGUUGAAUAAGUUCCAGAAAAUUAUAGAGCCAAUAAGAGUUAACGAAGCUGAAUGGGAAAAAGAAUGCGUUCGAGGAGAAAAUAUUGAAAAUAUUGUUGUACCAAAGGAUCCACGGCUCUAAUUUUUUAUUUUAUUUGUGUAUGUCCAUUUUAUAAGUUGAAAAUUUUUUUCCAUUUUAGAAUAAAUAUUGUAUACACAAGCAGAUUCCUGAAUAUUUUAAAAUAUUGGCAUCAAGCCAGUUAUAUAUUUAAAAUGUCCUGGAAAAAUGUAACCUAACAUUCAUGAUGUUUUUUAAACUGUAUUUUCAUUGUGAUUUUUUUAUAAUAUUUAACUGUGUUAAAAUUAUUAUUGAAAUUAUACCUAUAUCCGAAUGAAAAAAAUAAAGUAUCUUUUUAUA